AUGCUCUUUCAGCGUUUGAGGAUCAUCACGACUCCCGAGGAGAAGCCGAUCUACAACGACCAGAGCCUGGUGAUUGUUUCUAGCCACGAGGUCGAGGUGCUCAACGGUGAAGAAGAGAAACAGGACCAACAGCUGACAGCCAACGAGACGAUUUAUGAGUAUGUUGACAAUAGUCCUGGUCGCCAGGACGUCGUGUCUGGGCCAAUUGUAAGAGAUGAGCCAGGACAGCGUGAACCAACAAGCAUCCUAAACAUAGCUUCCACCCCGGUCCACAUGCAGCACUACUGCACGCUUCUUUUGCCACGUCGACGUAUGCUUCCGGCACAGGCGACAUUUAUCCCAUUUCUAUUGCAGGCCGUCAAUGGAAUAGGUCAAAUUUAUUCACUUAUUUCUCAGCUUUUAUCACUUUUCACGCUCCAUUUGCCACAUCAUCUUGUCAUCCGUGACUCAUCAUCCUCAUCACCACGACCACCACAACCACCACAACCAGCCUCAUAA